GUCAAAAACAACAGUACCUUUUCAAUUUCAAUAAUAAAUAAGCAAAGAUAGGCACGCGACACACAUUAGACUCAUUGUAGUAAAGUUAUUAGAAUAUCUGCCAAAAUGGCAACUUUAAUAAAAGAUGUAACACUCCAGGAAAACAUUCCAACACAUAUACUUCUUGACAAGCACAUAGAUUUUAUUAAAGAAUAUGGACAAAAAGAAAGUACAUAUGAAUACGGUAUGACUGAUUAUUUGAGAAUAUCGGGCAUGUAUUGGGCACUUGGGGCUCUAGAACUUAUGAACGCCACUCCAGCUCAAAGUAUAGAAGAGAUCACAGAAUACAUAAAGAAUUGCCAAGAUCCAGAAAGUGGUGGAAUUAGUGCCUGCCUAAACCAUGAUCCCCAUAUUUUACAUACACUUAGUGCUGUUCAAAUUCUCUGCAUCUACAAUAAAUUAGAGGCAAUAAAUGUAGAGGGUGUUGUUAAAUAUAUUGCAAGCCUUCAGUUACCUGAUGGUAGUUUUACAGGAGAUAAGUGGGGUGAAGUUGACACUAGGUUCUCAUUUUGUGCAGUUGCAACAUUAUCAUUGCUUAAUAAAAUGGAUGCAAUUGAUGUAAAUAAAGCCAUAGACUUUGUUAUACAAUGUAAAAACUUUGAUGGUGGUUUCGGAUCUAGGCCACUUUCAGAAAGUCAUGCAGGGUUAAUGUACUGCUGUGUUGGCUUUUUAUCUAUUACAAAUAGGUUAGAUGCCAUUGAUAGAGAUACCCUUGCUUGGUGGUUGUGUGAAAGACAAUUACCCUCAGGUGGUUUAAAUGGCAGACCAGAAAAAUUACCUGAUGUAUGUUACUCAUGGUGGGUAUUAUCGUCAUUAACCAUGUUAGGCAGGCUCCAUUGGAUUGAUGCCAAUGCUCUGAAAAACUUUAUUUUGGCUUGUCAAGAUACAGAGACAGGAGGAUUUGCAGAUAGGCCUGGUGACAUUGCUGAUCCUUUUCAUACCAUAUUUGGGUUAGCAGCCUUGUCCCUUUUGGGACAUGAUUCUGUAAAGCAAAUUAAUCCUACGUACUGCAUGCCACAAGAAGUCAUUGAUAGGUUACAAUUAAAACCUCAGAGGUUAGAGCAAUAAGAUAUUUUAAUUUAAGUUAUCUUAUUAAACGCUGCUUUAAUGUUAACAAGUAUUAAUUAAAAACAGUAUCAUACUAAAAGUAUCAUGGUGUUAAACUAAUAUUAUUCUAUUCAUAAUAUAUUUUACUGGUCAUGUUAUGCACCUGAUUUUGAUUGUUCGUCGCACAUGUUUCAUUCCAUUGAAAUUAACAAUUUGAUGUCGCAUUUCCUCAUACAAUAGUUUUUCCAAUUAUCGUCUGUCCAGUUAAGUGGCGACAUAAAAAUUCAAGUAUUGUUACUGUUCUGUCUUUACCUGUCGUCAUGCUGUAAUUUUGAAAAAUCCCUUUAAUGCAUCUGUUAGUCCAAAUUGUUCUUUUUCUUGGUCAUUUCAAUUUCGUUAGAUUUUGUCUAUCUCCCAUUUUAUAACUCAAAUUGUUUUGAAAUUUUUGGUUUGUUGUUUACCUUCCAUGAAAUCAGUGAGAUCGCAUCCCACUGUUUUAAGCCUCUAGAAAUUUUAAUAUAAUUAAUUUGAAUAAAGGGUUGAGAUAAAGUAUGGAACCAACUAAAUAUCUUUCUAACAGAAAAGAGGCCAUACAUAAAACUUUGCAUGUACAUAUAAUAACACAUGACUCAUCUAACGUCAUGUACAUACCAAUUUUGGAAGAAAACAUUUGUUAAAACGAGAAAUAAAUCACUUUAUAUUUAAAGAAUAGGCAAAUUUAUUUGCCAACGCUAAUAAUGAUUUAAAAAUGUUCAAAAUGCUUGCAAAAGUGCACAUCAUCACAAUGUGUAUGCCUCAAAUGGCUAUUUACUAGCUUAAUAGGACUUGUCUUCAUGUGAACAGCGCAUGUGCAGCCGCCACUUUUUUACAUCACAUUUAUUAAAUAAAAAAUAAAGUCCAAUACGAGAAAUGUUAUCCAAAUAUGUUACCAAAAUAUGCAACAUCGACACAGUAUUUAUUUGAAAGUUUACCAUUUGGUAACAUACCUCCAUUCUUUAUUCUUCUUUAUCCAUUCUUUAACAUGGUAAUUUAUUCUCGAAUAGAUAUGUUAUGUUUGUGGACUUAAAUGAUCAGAUGAUCACAAUGUAUUCAGUAUUUAAGAUAAUGUUAAAGUUGCGUUUAAUAAAAUAUUAAAAAGAAGUGAUUUUUUCUAAGAGUAACAAUAGUUUUCCUUUUAAGUGUUAAAGUACCAAAUAUACUUUUAUAAUUAUUGUGAAAUAAUAUAAAAUAAUAUAAUUAUAGUGAAAAUAAAUAUUUAGUAUAUUGAAA